GAGAGGCUGAGAGCGAGCGUUUUUUUUUUCCUCCCCUCCUGUGGUAGAGGCGCGAGACCCGCUGAGCCAUCGAGGGGGAAAGAGACAGCGCGCGCGCGUGUGUGUGUGAGGGGAGUGCAGGAGAGAGAAAAAAUAAAAUACAUACAGAGAGAGGAAGAUUCGUGAAAGAAAGCGCGGAUCAGGGCUUUUUUUCCAAUCAUUUUUGUCUCCUUUUUUUUAUUUCCCCCUUUUUUUUCCUUCUUCCAAGAUGUCGGUCCCAGCGACAAAGAUGAGUAAAAAAGAGGUGAACUCGAACCAUGAUGGAGCAGACGAGACCUCAGAAAAAGAGCAACAGGAAGCCAUUGAACACAUUGAUGAAGUACAGAAUGAAAUAGACAGACUGAAUGAACAGGCAAGUGAGGAAAUUUUGAAAGUAGAGCAAAAAUACAACAAGCUACGCCAGCCAUACUUCCAGAAGCGGUCAGAACUCAUUGCCAAAAUCCCCAACUUUUGGGUGACUACGUUUGUCAACCACCCACAAGUAUCUGCGCUUCUGGGAGAGGAAGAUGAGGAGGCGCUGCAUUAUCUGACGAGAGUGGAGGUGACAGAAUUUGAAGAUAUCAAAUCAGGCUAUAGAAUAGAUUUUUAUUUUGAUGAGAACCCAUACUUUGAUAAUAAAGUUCUGUCCAAAGAAUUUCAUCUGAAUGAAAAUGGAGACCCAUCUUCAAAAUCAACAGAGAUCAAAUGGAAGGCAGGAAAGGACCUGACAAAGCGCUCCAGCCAGUCGCAGACUAAAGCAGGCAGGAAGCGACAGCAUGAAGAGCCAGAAAGCUUCUUUACUUGGUUUACUGAUCACUCGGAUGCAGGUGCAGAUGAACUGGGAGAGGUCAUCAAGGAUGAUAUCUGGCCAAACCCACUGCAGUACUAUUUAGUUCCUGAUAUGGAAGAUGAAGAAGGUGAUGGUGAGGAGGAGGAUGAAGAUGAGGAGGAAGAAGAAGGAUUGGAGGAUAUCGAUGAAGAAGGAGAUGAGGAUGAAGAGGGCGAAGAGGAGGACGAAGAAGAGGAGGAGGAAGGAGAAGAAGCCGAGGAGGAGGAAGGCGAAGACGACUGAUCUGGUUGCUGUUGAUAUUCACCUCUACUUUUUUUUCUUUAGUCCCUGGGAGCAAGUUGCUGUCUUUUUGUGCUCAGUUUCCUUGCUCUCCUGAGGUCCUUAAACCAUUAUACACAAUUGGGAUGAGUUACAUGCGCAAACAACAGUGGCAAUCUCUCUCUGCCAUUUCCGUGAACUGAUAUGAAUUCUCCUAGCGCCAGCUGAUCAGCACACAUCUUCUGUAGUAAUGUGAUUGUAUUUUUUUUACUUUUUAUUUUAAGCCCCACCCCACCCUCCCACAUCCACCCACCCCUCUGCUGGAAGCCCAGAACUAUUUUCUGCCUUUGUGCUGUGAUUAUAGAUAAUUUUGAAUAGGCUUUUUUCCUACCUGUUCUGGCCCAGAGAUUACACUGUGUUUCCAUAUGAUGUGGAGAAUUAGCAGUUACCAUCAAGUCCUUUGUUUUCUUCUCUCUUCUAACAAAUGGGUGUCACCGAGCACCUAGGGUAGAUGCAGACGGUUGGGUUCUAAUGGGUGGGUUUAUUGGGUAUUUUGAGGACUGGCUGUACUUAGCAUGUUGAUGCAUUGUAUAUUGAUACAACAUCCGUGCAACCAAACUUUUAAAUAUUAAUCGAUUUGAACCCCACGGCAGAUGGAGGAGUAACAAUCUGUAGAAUCUUAUUGGAAUCUACACUCUCUAAUGUAAUUUUUUUGUUUCACUGGAAAGGAAAAUUGCUCCGUUUUAAACGUUAGAGUGUACAAGUUGCUUUGUUACAAUAAAACUAAAUGUGUACACAAAAAGUGCGUGGUGAGUUUGCUUUUAAUCUGGGAUGUUUUGUGGACUUAAUUGCAACCAAUCUAGAAUGGUUAUUUUUGGUAAGUGGUUGAUGGGGAUGGAAAUUGUACAGACCUGAGGUAAAUGCUUCAGUGUCAAAAUUGAGACCAAAUUGUAACAACUCUAAUAUGUACACAAAUUUAAGUGCUACAAGUAUCAAGGAACAAAUCGUCGGAGUUGUUUGUGAUGUUCUAGAAGCUACUGAGUUUGUAAUAAUUAGAGAUCCGUUCUGUAUUUAUUGGAAAUAAGAUUGUAAUUACAAAAGGCAAAUUGCAACCUUGAGAACUUUGUGUUCUCUUUCAAUGAUUUGGGUCUGGGUCCAGUGUUGCAUUGUAAGUGCUUGUUUAAAUUUGAAUACCACACAUUUUAUGGACUGUUUGUAGGCUUGCUUUUAACUACCAAAUUGCACUUGAUUUAUUUUGCCUCUAGUUCCUAAAUUCUAUAAGUUGGUAUAUAAUGUAUAUAUUGUCCUGGCAGUAGUUGCAAAACAUCCAUUGAACUGAUGACAUUUUCUUUGCAACCGGGGUCUGCCAUAAAUGCUACACAUUUAGCACCAAAAAUAUAGUGAUAUGUGUGUAUAUAAUCAACUGAAUUUUUAAAAGCCUGCCACAAAGUUAGACUCUUGUGUAAUUAUUACAUUUUAUAAUUAUUGGUGUGCAAUGGAUUUGGCGCAACUCUUGCAAAUUCAUCAUAUUUCUGGUCGUUCAAAAUAGGUUGUGCUAUUUUAUUCCAUUCUGGCUCCUUUCAAUUAGGAAUAAGAUUGUGGCAUAACCAGUUUAUUGCAACUAGCUUUUGAGGAUAUGGGAUCUAUUGCCUCACCUUUUUUUGACAGGUUGGGUGUUGGUUUCCCAUUCAGUGCUACUUGUAGUAUUUACUGUACACUUUUGUUCCUAUUUCAUGUUCAAUUGCUUUUCUGAUCUUUCCAGAAUUUGUACUGAUUAUACUAAACUGUGACCUCGUUCGAAUGCUAUUGUACAAAGAAAGACGUUGGCCUGAUUACAACUGUGUUCCUUGAUUUAUGAGCUUCUCCCAUUUUCAUUAACUCUUUCUUGAUGCUGUUUAAGAAUUUGAGUUGGAUUCCUUUUUGUAAUAUUUUGCUUUAACUCCCACAAUUUGAAUUGUUUUCAGUUACUUUUGGGAUUUUGCAGUUGCUGUGAAUGGAUAAUGGUGCCAUCUUUCUUUAUCUAUUACCAGUGAUGAAUAGGCAUUAUGAUAUUGCUAAACAUUUUACCUCUUGAUCCUGAGCCUUGCCAGAAUGGUGUAAUAAAUUGAUUAAAUAUACUCGUCCUAGUUAACACUGGUAGUUGAUUGCUGCAAACUUCAAGAGAUUUUCGUAUCUAAAUCUUCUCCAGUAUCCCAUUAGAUUUCAGUAUAACCCGAGCAGCUCAUGAAUACUGUUGUUUCAUAAAUGCAAUUCUUCAGUUCCUCCUGGUGUUUUAAGAUUAGUGUGUCUUCGUGAGAGGGAAUUGUACAUUUUGCAUGUUUUUCACUUGGAGAAAUACAUUCUCCUGAGCAAGUCCUUUGUUUUUUGAUGUAUUCUUGCCACUCCGGUAGAGGCAAAGAAACUGAAUUGAGUUGUGGCUGGGAAGCCCUCCUUGGGAUGCAAAAAGAUAGCUGACUGGUACCAACCAUGCCGUUUUUCUUUUGGCAAAUUGAUGGAAUGACUAAUAAUUCUACCACCAGCAAUGCAAGCAUAAGGCAUGUGAUUCCUUAAACUAGUAAUAAUAGACCUGAACACUUCCGUCUAAAAAGAAUGAUGGUAUACAAGAAGCCUAAUGAGUAUAACCAGAGCUGUAGUUUAGUUUAUUUGUUUUUGCUUACAUAAUUGUCCUGAUAAUGGGAUCUGGCUAAGCCAUCGCUUUGCUUGGCAAUGUUUUGGAGAGCAUGAUGUCUAUAAACCACAUUUGAGAAUGUUAAUUGGAUUUAUAGACACUUGAUCUUUAAAUGUAUUGGGUUUUGUUUGACAUGGCAGCCGAAGGUGUCCUGACUUCAUCUUGAACUUUGUUUUUUUUUAAAUUAAAUUGGUUCUCAUCAAUCUGUCUUUACUGUUAUCUACAAUAAAGUUUGUAUACAUGUUUUGCCAUA